GCGGCGGGACGAUGGAUGAGCCGCGCUUACCCCUGGCCGCUCGGCAUCCUCUCCUGGCUGCGGCACGGGCUUCCAAAGCAGUGGAGUCCAGGACCUUAAGGAAUGUCACGCAGUAGGUGCUGAACUAACUGGCACUGAAAGGAACAGAAAAAGAUGGCAGUCUGUAUUUGAAGUAAUUAAACACGUGGACUCUCACUGAUAAGAAACCAUGUCAAAAAAAGGACGUAGCAAGGGCGAAAAGCCUGAGGCACUGGUUGUUGCCCUGCAGGCUGCCAAUGAGGAACUCAGGACCAAGCUAACAGACAUUCAGAUUGAGCUGCAUCAGGAGAAAUCUAAGGUUGCUAAACUGGAACGAGAGAAGACUCAAGAAACGAAGCGGAUCCGUGAGGUGGAGCAGCGCAAGCAGACCGUGCAGAUCACGGAGCUGAAAGCCAAACUGCAUGAGGAGAAAAUGAAGGAGCUGCAGGCUGUGAGGGAGAACCUCAUCAAACAGCAUGAGCAGGAGAUGACGCGGAUGGUGAAGGUCCGAGACAGCGAGAUCCAGCGCUUAAAGUCAGCGCUGUGCGCACUGCGGGACGGGAGCAGUGACAAAGUAAGGACAGCCCUGACUAUUGAGGCUCGGGAGGAGGCCAGGAAACAGUUCGACUCUGAGCGCCUUAAGCUUCUGCAGGAAAUUACUGAACUGAAGUCUGCAAAAAAGCAGGUAGAUGAGGCCCUUAACAACAUGAUCCAAGCUGAUAAGAUCAAGGCAGGGGAUCUUCGGAGCGAACAUCAGUCCCACCAGGAAGCCAUUUCCAAGAUCAAAUGGGAGAGCGAAAGGGAUAUUCGUCGCCUGAUGGACGAGAUCAAGGCUAAAGACAGGAUCAUAUUUUCCUUGGAGAAAGAACUGGAGACGCAGACAGGCUAUGUGCAGAAGCUGCAGCUGCAGAAGGAAGCUCUGGAUGAACAGCUCUUCUUGGUGAAGGAGGCAGAGUGUAACAUGAGCAGUCCCAAGAGGGAGAUCCCAGGAAGGGCUGGAGAUGGUUCAGAGCACUGCAGCAGCCCUGACUUGCGCAGGAACCAGAAGAGGAUGGCGGAGCUCAACGCCACCAUCCGGAAGCUGGAGGACAGGAACACCUUGCUCGUGGAUGAACGGAACGAACUGUUGAAGCGGGUCCGAGAAGCUGAGAAACAAUGUAAACCUCUUCUGGAGAAGAACAAGUGCCUCACCAAGAGAAAUGAUGAACUUAUGCAGUCUUUGCAGCGCAUGGAAGAUAAACUCAAAGCAGUCACUAAGGAAAAUAUAGAAAUGAGAGAAAAAAUGACAUCACAUCCUCCUCUAAAGAAAUUAAGAUCCCUCAAUGAUCUGGAUCAGGCUAAUGAGGAACAAGAAACUGAAUUCUUAAAGCUUCAGGUCAUAGAGCAACAGAACAUAAUUGAUGAGUUAACAAGGGACAGGGAGAAACUCAUUCGUCGCAGAAAGCAUAAAAGGAGCUCAAAACCAAUUAAGAGGCAUGUGGUGGAUACAUUUUUUGGGUAUGAUGAAGAUUCCAUGGAUUCUGAAACAUCCUCUGUGGCCUCAUAUAGAACAGACAGAACGCCAGCAACUCCAGAUGAUGAUCUGGAUGAGGGUUUAGCAGCAGAAGAAUCAGAGCUGCGGUUUCGACAGCUGACAAAAGAGUACCAGGCCCUGCAGAGAGCCUAUGCCCUACUGCAGGAGCAGGCAGGAGGCAUCAUAGAUGCUGAAAGAGAAGCCAAGGCUCAGGAGCAGCUCCAAGCUGAAGUCCAGAGAUAUAAAGCCAAAAUAGAAGAUCUGGAGAAAACUUUGGCACAGAAAGGGCAGGACUCGCACUGGGUGGAAGACAAACAGCUUUUCAUUAAGAGGAACCAAGAGCUUUUAGAUAAGAUAGAGAAACUGGAAGCAGAAAACCACCGUCUGCAGCAGGAGCUGCAGGAUGCCCGAGACCAGAACGAGCUGCUGGAGUUCCGCAACCUGGAGCUGGAGGAAAGAGAGAGACGGUCCCCACCAUUUAAUCUCCAGAUUCACCCCUUCUCAGAUGGUGUGAGUGCUCUGCAGAUCUACUGCAUGAAGGAAGGUGUUAAGGAUGUCAGCAUCCCAGACCUCAUAAAGCAGUUAGACAUCCUAGGUGAUAAUGGGAAUUUAAGAAAUGAAGAACAAGUGGCCAUAAUUCAGGCUUCCACUGUAUUGUCCUUGGCAGAAAAGUGGAUCCAGCAGAUCGAGGGAGCUGAAGCUGCUCUGCAUCAGAAGAUGAUGGAACUGGAAAGUGAUAUGGAGCAAUUUUGCAAAAUAAAAGGUUAUUUGGAGGAAGAACUAGACUACAGGAAGCAAGCUCUUGACCAAGCAUACAUGAGGAUCCAGGAGCUUGAGGCCACCUUGUACAAUGCUUUGCAGCAAGAAACGGUUAUAAAGUUUGGGGAACUACUCACUGAAAAACAGCAGGAGGAGCUGAGGGCAGCAGUAGAAAAACUAAGACGUCAGAUGCUGAGGAAGAGCAGAGAAUAUGAUUGCCAGAUUCUUCAGGAGAGGAUGGAGCUGCUCCAGCAGGCUCAUCAGAGGAUCCGAGAUUUAGAAGAUAAAACUGACAUCCAAAAGAGACAAAUAAAGGAUCUGGAGGAAAAGUUUCUGUUUCUCUUCUUGUUCUUCUCUCUUGCCUUUAUUCUUUGGCCUUGAUGUUAAUGUGCCUCUUGGAAAGAGUGCCCAGCCACACAGAUAAGUCCUUAUAAAGGCAAAUGCUUCCACCUCCCCGAUGAAGAGAACAUUGUUUACACCUCUUUAAAAAAAAUAUGUAUAUAUAGAAAAGAACAACUUGUAGCCAAGACUGCAACCACCUUGUAUUUUAAAGCCAUCACUCAAGAUUUGUUACUUGACAGUUCCUGUCUAAAGCGAUGAUAUAUGCUGCAUCUAGUGAAACUCUCUAUGUUGAAAUUACAGAAGGGAAAGAAAAAUAAACUGUGAACCUACAUCACUUUAGGAAGAACUUAAAGGGAAGGAACCACUUUCAGCUGAUCAAAUCAGUGUGUCUUGGGCAUGGAACCAAAGUUACCACAGGAAAAUCUAUCCCUGCUGUGCAGGGCAAUAGUUUAAAUGUGACACUGUCAUCCGACGAAAGGAGCAAAAGUGAACAGGACAGAGCAGGAGCAACACGAGCUGUGGAGAGAUGCUGACAACAGAGCAUUCAGUUUGAACUGUCUGGCUUUCUCACUGCAGGGACUCCGAUCCCUCUUUGGUUUUAACCUCAGGAACAAAUG